CUCGAGUUUGCAGCAGUGCCGGAAAGCGCUCGUAUGAGGAAACACGUGUGCAGCUGACCAUUUCCCUGUAAUCAUGUCUGUGUACCAGGUAGCUGCAAAGAUCCUGGAUAAACUGCAGCGAAAGGAGGGGGCAUUGAAGACACUGGUAUAUGACAGCAAGUACAAGAAUAUACGGCAGCUCUAUGCCCUGCUCUGUGAGACCGUUCGCUAUUCGGCAGUUUUGGAGGAGAUCAUCCAGAGUUCGUCAUUCCUUAAGGGAGAUGUGAAAAUGACUCGAAAUCUAGCCAAGGUGGUUGUUUAUGAUUUGCUGUUUGGGAAAGGUGUGCAGUGUGGAGGUCGUUUAAAAGCAGUGGUCAUUGCGCACCGAACGCGGCUUCGAGCUGAACUUGCUCGAAUGAAGGUGAAGAAGAAUGUUAGCAGCAAUAAGGACUUGGUGACCUCUUUGGGUGGUCCAUCUGCAGGCCCUGCCAUGCCACGGUAUGUCCGUGUCAACACACUUAAGACUUCCACUAAUGAGAUCAUUACUUACUUUAAGCGUCAAGACUACACCUACUUGGGCAAAGCACGCAGGAUUGAGGAACUAUCAGAGCUUGGACAGAGGAAAGGGAAGAAGUUCCUGCAGGAUCUUCAUGUUCCAGAUCUAUUGGCGUUCCCUCCAGACACAGAUUUCCACAAAGAUGCCUUAUACCUAGCAGGGCACCUUAUACUGCAGGACAAGGCAAGCUGCCUCCCUGCUUUGCUGCUGUCUCCUCCUGUGGGAUCCUUUGUCAUUGAUGCAUGUGCUGCACCCGGGAACAAGACAAGCCACAUAGCUGCCAUUUUGCAGAACAAGGGGAGAGUUUUUGCUUUUGACCUGGAUACCAAGCGUGUAUCCACUAUGAGCACGCUGCUGUUACGAGCUGGAGUCACAUGUCAGGAGCUGGCGAAUCAAGACUUCCUUACCGUCAGACUAGAUGAUCCUAAAUAUCAGAAAGUGAGCCAUAUCCUGGUGGAUCCUUCAUGUAGCGGUUCAGGAAUGCCCGAUCUAAUGAGAGUUCACACAGAUGCAUCAUCAGGCCCAGAGCAGGAGAAACGUCUGCAGGCGCUGUCAGGAUUCCAGUGUCGUGCUGUGUCCCAUGCACUGAGUUUCCCAUCCGUACAACGUGUUGUAUACUCCACCUGCUCCAUCCACCAGCAGGAGAAUGAAGAUGUGGUGAUGAAAUGUCUGGAGCAAAACCCAGAUUUUAGGUUGGUAAAUGCUUUACCAUCAUGGCCAUUACGAGGAUUCAAUACCUUCCCAGAGUCAAGUUACUGUUUACGAGCUUCGCUUUCUGACACUUUCACCAAUGGGUUUUUCAUUGCAGUCUUUGAGCGCAAAAGCAAUCAAAAUGAAAGUUCUACUCCGACUACAGUGGAGAAAAACUGCCAUAGUGCUGCCCAGACAAAAGACGAUUUAAAAGUGUCACAGGGCGGGGAUGAAAGGCAAAACGGUCCAGUCGUAGACUCUGGAAACUGUAUAAAAAAGAAAACUCGCAAGAGGAAAAAGAAACGCAAGACAGAAUUGCAGUAAAUAAAAA